AUGGCCGAAAAGUACAUCCUUCGGGUGACCGCUGGCCCCAGCUACGACGUCGACUCCCAAGUCGAGGUCCCUGUCAACCAGGCACAGCCCACGAAGAUUAACAGCGCCCUAGCCGACAUCGAGCUCAAUGUCCGCAUACAGAACUACGCCGGCCUGCCGCGCAACUCGCCCACCACAUCCCCUUACUUCUCCACGGAACCGCACGCCACCAACAACGACCAGUACAGUAUCUCAUUCCGCUUCACUCCGAAGAAGCCCGCAGAUAGCGUCUCUCCUUCCUCCUCGGCGGGAGAGGGCAUAUCAGCCGAGGAUCUGCAAUUCGGCAACGACUUUGAUCACCCCAUCCGUGACCGUCUUCCCCCGGGGUUCAACACGGCGCUCAAUAUCGUCAAGUGGUGGAUCGACCCGGGCCUGGACGGCGAUGCCUACGCGGACGUUCCUCAUCUUUACGGCCCCGCGCUGAGCUCCUUCAACACCAUCCACGUGGGAGCUGGCAACCAAGACGCAGAGAAGGGUGGCCUGUGGUUUGAGGAGGGCGGCGACGAGGCCGGCCUUGAGGCGCGGGAGAAGAUUGGCGCGCCGGCCACGGCCAAGGAGCGGAUGAAGUGGGCCCUGCGUAAGGACAGCAAGGAAAAUUGGCUGUUUGAGUACGGCAGGACGUACGGCAUGGACUUCUUCAACCCCUAUCUCGACUUUGCCAACUUGGCGCUUCGCCUACCGGGAUUUCAGCUGGCCAUCAUGAAGUACUGGGAUGGACAAGGUCUUCGAUACGUUCUCCGGAACAAAAGCACCGGUGACGUCUACCUUGUCGUUUUGUUUACCCUCUACCUCAAGGACGACGUCAACGAGGACGGCACCCUCAAGGCCGGCGCAGACAGCUCCAAAUCAGGCCAUCCGCUGCCGCCCAGCAAGGACGAGCACGAGUCCCACGACGAAGAGAAGGCCCUCGAGGAGGCUAGGAAGAAGAUGGGGCCGGCCUCCCGCGAGACGGAGACGAAUGCCGAUGAUGUGGACUGA